AAGAAUACGCUCCUAAUUUUCACAAAUGAAGAGACGAGUGAGAAGAUAUUGGCAGGACUUGUAUCAUCUUCGCUAAAUGUUGUUGUGGCAGCUAUCAGAACUGGUGUUUUAGGUACAUUCGCUAACGGCUCAUUCGGAGUAAGUGACGUUUUGAAUGCAGCAAAGUUCUUAAAGGAUAAUGCCGACAUCCUUUACAUAGGGAAUAUAACAGUGUGGGCGGAAUCGGUCGAGGCUGAGACUGUUGCCUCAGCUCUUUCACGAGCAGAGAUUGAAAGAGCUAUUCUAAUAAACGGAAACUCCAAAACGAGGAUUCUGGGAAGAGACAAAUUCUCAUCCAGAAUUGCACACAAAAUUGUUACUGAGUUGGAGUGUGAUUUACCUUCUGCAGCUCAGUCUCUGGACUGUUUGAGAACAAAAUCGCUUUCAGAACUUGACAAGGUUGUGAAGAAGGUUUUGGUUUCCUUUAACCCUUUCGGGAACCCAUUCCGACCUCCUGCUAUCCAACAACCUUCUAUACCUACCAUCUUAGGAGUUUUUAGACAACUUCCUCGAGGUAAACUAAAUCAUAUUCAGUCUAGUGAAAAAGAACUUGACACCUCAGAGUACCCUACUGAUGCGGACUUCGAUGAAAAUUACAGCUAUGUAGACUUCAAGCGAGCUCUGGCCGGACUACUCCCUGAUAAUUCACACAGCGGAGGUAUGGGAGACGCAGAAAUCCUUCUAAUAUGGAAUAUGGUUUCUUUCGUCAAAAAAGCCAUCGCGCAAUGUCUGUUUUGGUCUAAGACAGCUUCUUGUGUCGACUAUGUUCGCCCUCUCGUUGAAAACGUGACGAACAGCUGGGUUGUAGGUCAUUGGUUAUUAGUAAUGUGCCGCCAAUGA